ACCACAGAGAUGGAGACAUGAGGGCUGAACAGACAGCAACAAGUGGUGGAUGGGGUUUAAACCCCGCUAGCCCUGCCAGAUCUCACCCAGACUCAGGCAUACCGGGCUGCAGGGACAGCAGUGACUACACGCUUGGCAGCUGAAGGAGGAGAAUAACAAAACCUGAAUGGCAGCCAAAUGGUUUUACUUCAGCUCAGAAACGAAAGAGCGCACUUUGAAAGACAAGAGAGUACGUGACUUGCCUCCAGCUAGUCAUGUUGCACACCUGGAGAGGUUAGCUGGCAAAGACUAACAUUUCCCCAGCAGCCAUGCAGAAGUGUGCCCCGUUGAGACGAUGAUCAGAAUGUUCCUGGCACACCCGGCAACCUCACUGGCACAGCUGUCCUCCACCUGCGUUUUCUUCUGCCUCCUCCUGUGCAUCCCUCCUGUGUGGACCGCCUGCCCCCAGUCCUGCCAGUGCACAGACCACUCGGGAGCCAUGGCUGUGCUGUGCAGCUCAAAGCAUUUGGAUGAAAUCCCAAAGGACAUUCCCAAAGAUGCUGUGUUUGUGAAGCUCGAUGCAAAUAAAAUCACCCAGAUCCCCAACAAUGCAUUCAAACACCUGAACCACUUGGAAGAGCUGGACCUCUCCAGAAACGCCAUUGAGAAGAUAGACAUGGCAGCUUUCAGAGGUGUGGCAGAUGGGCUGCGGACACUGGAUCUUUCCAAUAACCUUAUUCAGAGUAUUCCCAAGGAAGCCUUAGUCAAACUGAAUGCUAAGAUCCGCCUGUCUAAUAACCCGUGGCACUGUGAGUGCGCUUUGCAGGAGGUGCUCUGGGAAGUGAAGCUAGAUCCUGAGUCAGUGAAUGAGAUCACCUGCCAAACCUCUGUGCGUGAAGAAUAUGUCGGGAAACCUUUGAUCCAGGUCUUGGACUCUGGCGUCAAUUUCUGUAACAUCCAUCAAAAGACCACAGAUGUCGCCAUGUUCAUCACCAUGUUUGGCUGGUUCACCAUGGUCAUCACCUAUGUGGUGUAUUACGUUCGACACAACCAGGAAGAUGCCAGAAAGCACCUGGAGUACCUUAAAUCACUGCCUAGCACCCAGGUCCCCAAAGAGACCAUCACCACGGUCCUGUAAUGCUACGCACCAAGCACCGUGUCAAGAAAUGCCUCGGGGAAGCAAUCUGCUUCUGACCUGCUUGCACAAGCUUUUCUAGGAGGUUUUUAUGUGACAUUUGAUAGAAACAUGAAAAUGUAUUUUGUUAUUAACUGAACCGUGGCCACAAGCUUGUAGGGGAACAGCAGUA